AUGAUAGCUACCGGAGCGGGAAAGUCCUGGCGGAGCAGAGCGGAGCCCCCUUCGCUCCCCUCCCGCGGCCCGAGUGACGGGUCCCGGCUCUCCCCGGCGGCAGCUCCUCCCUUCUGGCCAGAUGGACAGCGGAGCGCGGUCCUCGGCCCCGGCUGCGGGGGACCCGGCUCGGGGCAGAAAGCGGCCUUUUAUAGCCGGCUCGCAGCCUCUCCGGCUCACACCUACACACCCGCUCCCGCAGCCAGGCGCCUCCGCCGGAGCCCGCAGCCCUGCCUGCCCCCGGAGCCCGCAGCCCUGCCUGCCCCCGGAGCCGCGCACACCCGCCCGCCGCUGCCCAUGGGACCCCGCCGCCCGCCGACCCUGCGGCCGCCCCUGCUGCUGCUGCUGCCGCUGCUGCUGGCGGCCGUUUAUAAAGGUACUUUUGGGGAACCUCAUUUUAGAAAUCGAAGAGGAAUUCUUGAAUUAGCCGGAGCCAUUAAAUGUACUACAGGACGAUCCCCUUUUGCCUACCUGCGCUACGGAUGCUACUGUGGUCUGGGAGGAAGAGGAUGGCCCAAGGACAGAGUAGACUGGUGCUGCUUUCACCACGACUGCUGCUAUGGGAAGGCAGAGCAAGCAGGUUGUCACCCAAAGAUCGAGAGUUACCACUGGGAAUGUGAAGACAACACGCCUGUCUGUGAAUCACUAGAAGACAAAUGUCAAAAAAUGGCAUGUGAAUGUGACCGUGAAGCUGCCAAAUGUUUCUCUAAAGCUCCCUAUCAUACGAAAUACCUUUUAUGGCCAGACUUUAUGUGUGGUGAGAUUCAGCCUUUGUGUAGGUAUUAGAUAUACGACACCAGUCUUUAUGAAAAUUUCCUAUGUAUUUAAAUCUAAAAUUACUCUUUUUUUUGUCAUAGUGACAAGAAAUGAUUUUCCACUUCAGCCUCUCUCUUCACCCCCAGAAUGGCCAAAUAUUUAUCCUCUUAUUUACUUUCUACAGUGCACAGACUUAGAAGCAAAUUCAUUAGUUCUGUGUGAGCUUUUAUUGACUGAACAGGAAUUUGAGUUUAUCAGAUUAAGGAGUAACUGACUUAUAAUUAAUUUUGUUUAUAUUUGGAUUCACAGAUUUUUCAGAUUCAUAAUAUCAUUCACUGUAAACUUUUCACCCCUCCUCCACGGGCUGUAAGAUACAAAUCCAACUUUUCCACUAACAUUUACCUUAACAUUUGUUAACUUUGAACUGAAUGGAAGAAAUGCAUGAAGUGACAGUCUCAGCACAAAGAGCCCUCUCAUCUACAUUAAACUUAUUAUGAAGCCUAA